AUGGGUUCUGAAAUUUGUUGAUUGGAAGUGAAGAAUGGAUUGAUUAAGCAGAAAGCAGAGGGUGCAAACAUUCGUAGCUUCAUUUUUGGGAUAUACAUAUACUCCACCACGACACGACACGACACGACACCUCAUCUCUGACGCUGGGUAUAUCUCUCCUCUUGAACUUUUCUCAUUUAAAUCUCUUUGACGAUCAUUCUCGUGGGUUGAUUAAAGUCUCCAUAACUUUUAUGGGCUAUUGCUUCGACAACUGUUGCUCUCAACAAUGGUGGUCCUUGGAAUUUAACGAAGAAUUGAAGUCGAGGUUGUUUUGGGGACGAGACAGGGUUUCAGGACUCUGUUUCGUUUCGUGGUAAUGGAGGAGAUAGGGUUUGUUCUUGUGUUGUUGUUGAGAGCGGCAUGGCUUGCUGGGACAUUGCUGAUACUUAUCGCUGUGAUACCCUCGUCUCGGUUUAAUUCGUUUCAUGAAUGUUUGUUAGGGUUUGCUAAGAGAGGGAAGAUAUUGCAAUCCUCUUCAAAUAAAUUCACUGUACCUCAGAAAUUUUUCAGUCAUUUUUAUGUGUUGGCUGUGGUGUGGACAACAUUGUUGCUGGCCACAACUUGGUUUUAUGCAUAUAAAGAGGCACCAUUGGCCUUUGGGCCUUUACAAUACUCCACUAUUGUCAGCUACUUGACUGGGGGUUCGAAUAUCCUUUCUUUUCAUAAAUCUCAUUCUCAUCUGAGCACUGUAAAAUAUAGAUACAAGGUUUGGCAAUCUGUAUUUCUGCUCUUGUUGAUGGAAGUUCAAGCAUUGAGACGCCUUUGUGAGACAAUAUAUGUAUUCAAGUACAGUCCCUCAGCUCGGAUGCACAUUUUUGGCUACCUUGCUGGCCUAUUUUUCUACACAGCAGCGCCACUUUCACUUUGCUGUACAGUUGCACCGGAGGUAUUUACAUUUGCCGUAAAUCAGGUGGCUGAGUUCAUUGUUAAAGGAAAGAAUCAGAUCCCAGCCACUGAAUUUGAUUGGUGGCAAUUUGUGGGUCCUCUUAUGAAACUUAAAUGGAAUUCAUGGAUUGGAAUGGCUAUAUUUUUUGGGGGUUGGAUUCAUCAGCGCCAUUGUCAUGCAAUUCUUGGUUCAUUGCGGGAGAACCUAGAACAAGCUGAUGACUAUGUAAUCCCUUACGGCGAUUGGUUUGAAUAUGUUUCUUCUCCACACUACUUGGCUGAGAUUGUUAUAUACGGUGGUCUUGUGGUUGCUAGUGGUGGUGCAGAUCUGACAAUCUGGUUACUCUUUGGAUUUGUGGUGGCAAAUCUUGUAUUGGCAGCGGCAGAAACACAUAGGUGGUAUCUCCGUAAAUUUGACAAUUACCCAAAACACCGAUUCGCCAUUAUUCCAUUUGUGUAUUAGUUCUUAGUCAACCUAGUCACUGAUUCUCAUGUAUUCCAAUCUAUACAAUGCUUAUGGUAGAAACACUUUGAGAUGUUUAUACACUGAAUGUAAUUGCUUAGAAGCUUUGUCAUAAAAGAUGUGAAAAUCUGAGUUUCAACU